GAAAAAUAAGAUUAAAUAUGAGAAUACAGUGAUGGUCUAUAAGCAUACCAUAACUUAAUAAUGGCUUUCAAACAGGAAGUGCUUUCACAUUUGAUGCUGAUCAUAGUACUUCUUGCAUAUGAGUAUACAAUUGCAGCCUCAUUGGAGUGUUUUACAUGUUUCGGAAUGACGGAUCUCAGCUCUUGUGUGUCUAAAACCACGUGUCAAAGUGGGCAGGUGUGCUACAACAAUCGGACAAAUACUGGGGGACAACAGACCUUUGAUCUAGGAUGUUCUAACAUUCAGAAAUGUGGGAAUCAAGGAAACAUACCAUGUACGAUCGUGGGAAGGUCACUUUCAGAACGGCAAACACAAUCAUGCCACAAAUGUUGUGCAACGAAUCUUUGUAACAGAAAUUUGUGUGGACAUAGCGAUGUUUUUACUGACUGCAAAGAUAUCAUGCGAACAAGAGGAAGUCCUAAAAGUGGUGUGUACACAGUAAAUUUAUGGCAAUCAAGGAGAACCAUCAAUGUGUAUUGUGAUAUGAGCACUGACAAUGGGGGAUGGACGGUCAUACAGUACCGAUUUGAUGGGUCAGUGGAUUUUUAUAGAAAUUUUUCCCAGUAUGACAAUGGCUUCGGUGAUCUGAGUACAGAAUUUUGGCUUGGGUUGCGAGAUAUUCAAGAGCUGGCUAGCCAAGGCCUUACAGACCUUCGUAUAGAGUUGGAAGCCGUAAAUGGCUCGAAAGGGUUCGAAACGUUCGAGAAGUUCAGUCUAUCUUCAGGGCCUGCGUAUACAUUCAAUGUCGGUGCCACUAUAGGAUCAUUGAGGAUUUCCAAGUGGGUCAGUGAAAGCGUUGGACCGUACCACAAUGGGCAGCAUUUUCAACCUAUGACCACGAUGUAGACAAGUAUGGUGCUAGCUGUGCCGUGAAGUUUCAGGGUGGCUGGUGGUACAACAGCUGUUACUAUGCCAACCUUAACGGACCCUACAUAACCCCGGGGGUGUGGACUGAAAAAGCCAUUCGCUAUAAAAGUUUUUUCGACUACAGGUCCUUGAAAUCUUGUAAAAUGAUGAUCCGGAGAAGAUAAUGUGAUUUAUCAGUGUACAUAGUUUAUCCAUUAUUAAAAAUACCA